CUGUCCUGAGCUUCAUAAGUCUUUGCAAAACAUAUGAAUAGGAUGUUGUAGACCUCUUCACUGACUAGCUGAGUGUCCUUAGGUAAUGCCUUGUUGUUGCUGACUUAACCACUUCCCAGCUGAAUCUCAGCCCAGGUACAACAUUUGCUCUUGCAGAGGGAUUAAUUAUUGAAAUCCUGGAUGGACACAACUGGAGACGAGCUUUCCAAUCCCCUACAAAUUGUCUUCCUUGCUUGUGAAGAGGGCAGUAAUUCCCUCUGGUAGAUGCAAAGAAGCAUAGAACACAGCUGCCUUGGAAAAUUCAUCUUUCUUCAAUAAUUUAGAAGUUCCCAUCGCUGCCCGUGGAAGCUCCUGUGCCACUGCGAACACAGCAAGGCAUCUGGCACAGGAUAUUUUGGGACAGAAAAGCUUCAUUCACCCACAGUCACAUCCCUGUCUUUGACCAUGAGCCGCCCUGAGUCUCAAAAGACUGGGACUGGUGGGAAGAAUGCUGAUUCUCCUCCAAAACAAGUUAUCUUCAGAAAAAGUACCCGCGACAAAGCUCUGACGAUCUACCUGGGAAAGCGUGACUACAUUGACAACAUAGGGGAUGUAGAACCUGUAGAUGGUGUUGUAUUGGUGGAUCCUGCUAUUAUCAAGGGGAAAAAAGUGUUUGUGUCCCUGACGUGCGUGUUCCGCUACGGCCAGGAGGACAUCGACGUGAUCGGCCUCGCCUUCCGCCGGGACCUGUUCUUCUCCAGGGUCCAGGUGUACCCACCUGCUGACAAACCAGAGUCUCUCACCCUCUUGCAGGAAUCUCUGCUAAAGAAGCUGGGCAAAAAUGCUUAUCCCUUUUUCUUUACAUUUCCAGAUUACCUGCCUUGCUCAGUCUGUCUGCAACCUGCACCUCGUGAUGUUGAUAAGACUUGUGGGGUGGACUUUGAGGUGAAAGCUUUCUCAACAGAAAAUGUGGAAGAGAGAAUUCAUAGGAGGAACUCUGCACGUCUGCUGAUCCGUAAGGUGCAGUAUGCUCCGGAGAAGCCAGGACCCCAGCCUUGUGCAGAGACCACCUGGCAGUUCUUCAUGUCCAACAAGCCCCUGCACGUGAAAGCCUGCCUCAGUAAAGAGGUAUACUACCAUGGUGAGCCCAUUCCAGUCACUGUCACCAUCAACAACAACACAGACAAAACAGUAAAGAAGAUCAAAGUCCAGGUGGAGCAGGUGGCCAAUGUGGUGCUGUACUCCAGUGACUUCUACACCAAAGUGGUGGCUGCUGAGGAAGCACAUGAAAAGGUGCAGCCAAACAGUAGCCUGACCAAGACCCUGACAGUUCUGCCCUUGCUUGCAAAUAACCGGGAGACACGGGAAAUAGCUCUGGAUGGAAAACUGAAGGAUGAGGACACCAACUUGGCUUCUAGUACCAUCAUUAAGGAUGGAAUAGACAAGACAGUGAUGGGGAUUCUGGUUUCUUACAAGAUCAAAGUGAAGCUCACUGUUCCAGGCAUACUGGGAGACCUCACUUCCAGUGAAGUGGGCACAGAGCUGCCAUUUCGUCUCAUGCACCCCAAACCUGAGGAAAAGAACCCAGCAGGUCAUGAAGCAGAGCUUGUAUUUGAGGAGUUUGCUCGUCAGAAGCUAAAAAAUGCACCUGAUGAAGAGGACAAGAAUUCACCCUCAACUGAUGAGUGAUUAAAAGAACAGGCUGACAAAGGAGCUGUGUUGUCUGGCUUCAAUUACAAAUGUAGGACCUAAGUUUCUAGUAAUCUGCAUGUUCUCAGUUCAUACAUGGUCUUCCAGGGAUCAGCCCUGAGGUCAGUGGACAUGACAUCAGGAGUCUCUAUUGCUUAUUACAAAAUUCACCUUGAAUGGGGCAAACACAACACCUGGUUCUUACUCAAGCUACCAGAGAAUGACAGGACAUCUGCCAUAUCAUGACUU